AUGCCCGUGAUGCUGGUGGUGCCGGAGGUGCUGAGGCAGAGCUGCCUGCGAUGCCGGCGGUGCCAAGCCAGAGCUGCCCGUGAUGCUGGUGGUGCCGAGCCAGACCUGCCCACGCGUGCAAACACACCGGCACACAGGAGGGUGCAGAACAGCCUGGAGCGCACCCCCAAGGAACGGGUUUUGGAUAAGCUCAUGGAGCUGCUGGUGCUGGCCGUGCAGGAGGGUGACCGAGUCUACGUGACCAACUUGCUAAUAAAUUACCGGGGCUUCCUCUCCAUUGAAGAAGUCCUCGACCAGGUUUCCAAAAGAGGAGCUUUCAGAUCCCAUCUUCAUGGACCUUGUCUUCGAGAUAUGCGGAUUACUGCAGUUUUGGUGAUGGGGAUGGAGGAGGCCAGGAAGGCUUCAAAAAGAACCCCGACCCGGGAGGUGGUCGUCAGAGGGCAGUGUGGCCCGAAGGGCCGUUCCCCUCACCCUGCUGCCCACCCGUCCACCCCCAGCUCCAUCUCCUGCCUCCUACUCACCUGGCUGGAAGAGCUGCCGGCUGAUUUCUGCCAGCACCCAGGCGUUCCCUGCCUCAAACAGCUGGUGGUGCUUGCACAGGUCGCCCUGCCUGGGUCUGCCCUGGAGAGGCAUGCUCAGGACCUCCUUUCUCUCCUGGAGCCCGCGGAGCCCAGUGAGACCGCGACAGAGGCUCCCGUGUUAGACCCAGAGGUGAAAACCAGCUCAGUGCCCCCUGCGGAGCCAGUUCCAUCAAUGGCACUGCCUCCAGUGCCACAUGCAGUGGCAGAGCCACUGCAGGCUCGAGAACUCCAGCCUCCUACUCCUGCAACGUUCAUCCCACGUCUGGAGUUGGAGGCAACUCUGAAGCCACCUGCUGUGCCACCUCCAGAGGUUGCAAUAUCACCGGCUGCAGCGUCACUGACAGAGCCGGCAGUAGCUCUGAGGCCACCUCUACUGCCAGAGGUCGAGGCAUUUACGGCACCUGAUGUGGAGCCAUCCUCCUCACCAGCAGACACCCCGUCGCCAGAGCUGGAGGCAGGUCCGUUGCCACGUCCAGAGGUGGUGACCUUCCCAACUGAGGAGCUGGAGCCGGUUAACUGA